AGUGACGUCACCACGCCGCGUCAGGCUGUGUUGAUGUUUUGGAGAACGGGAAGACGCUUUUUGUUUUUGUUCAACUGAACCGUCGAAAAGAAGCCGACUCGUCGCUUCUUUCUUCUGUUUCACCUCGUUAAGAGCCUUAUCUCGGUGAUUUGAAGCGAACGGCCGGGCCAGAGGGCGAACAGACCGACUCUUUUGAUCCAGAACGGGAGGACUUGUCACCCUCUGACCCCCUCCCUGCUCCCUUCACACACACACACCACCAUGACGAUUCUCCCGAAGAAGAAGCCCAGUUCUGGUGUCGGUGUCUCGGACCACGCCGAUGACAGCGACCGUCGAAGCGGCUCCGAUCCUCAUCAGCACCCGCAUCCCCAUGCAGGACGAACGGGAGCGCGACCCAGGGCUUCGCCUCCGCCGUGGUCCUACCAGACCGCUCCGCCCUCCGCCAGGGACGACAGGCGGAGCAUCGAGGCGAGUUCCCGGCCGCAGCAGGCCUCUCCGCCGCCUGUCGGCUCCGUGUCCCCGGUAGGACCGGGCGACGGUCGGGACAGCACCGGAGGAAUGGUCGCUGGGUCCCGCGGAGAGCUCGUCGUCUCGGCCGGGGUUGUGGGAUGCGGCGGAGGCUUGGGAAGUUGCUGCUCUGGGCCUGGGCUGAGCAAGAGGCGGCGGCAGGCAGGCACCUGCACCGGCGGGGUGGUGGCUGCUCUGGCCGGGGGUGGCCAACCCGGGGUGACCGGACCGGGAGGUGUGGGCUCCAGCCAGGACACAGAGGAGGGAGCAGGGAACAACAGCGAGGACGAGUACGAGAACGCCGCCCGGCUGCAGUCCAUGGACCCGGCAACCGUGGAGCAGCAGGAACACUGGUUUGAAAAAGCUCUGAGGGAGAAGAAAGGAUUCGUCAUCAAGAAGAUGAAGGAGGACGGAGCGUGUCUGUUCAGGGCCGUGGCUGAUCAGGUGUACGGAGAUCAGGACAUGCAUGAAGUGGUGCGGAAACACUGUAUGGAUUACCUGAUGAAGAAUGCCGAUUAUUUCUCCAACUACGUGACAGAAGACUUCACCACAUACAUUAACAGGAAGAGGAAAAACAAUUGCCACGGCAACCACAUUGAGAUGCAGGCCAUGGCCGAGAUGUACAACAGACCUGUGGAGGUGUACCAGUACAGCACAGAGCCAAUCAAUACGUUCCACGGCAUCCACCAGAACAACGACGAGCCAAUCAGAGUGAGCUACCAUCGCAACAUCCACUAUAACUCUGUAGUGAAUCCUAACAAGGCCACAAUCGGGGUCGGAUUGGGUCUUCCCGCCUUCAAACCCGGGUACGCAGACCAGUCUCUGAUGAAGUCGGCCAUCAAGACGUCUGAGGAGUCGUGGAUCGAGCAGCAGAUGUUGGAGGAUAAGAAGAGGGCGACGGACUGGGAGGCCACGAAUGAGGCCAUUGAGGAGCAGGUGGCCCGGGAGUCCUACCUGCAGUGGCUGCAGGACCAGGAGAAACAGGCCCGGCAGCCUCGUAAAGCCAGCGCUACUUGCAGCUCGGCCACUGCAGCAGCCUCCAGCGGGCUGGACGACUGGAGCGCCCGGUCACCGCGGCAUCGUGACUCCGACCCCUCUCAUUCACACUCCGACCUCACAAAUGCUCCGUCGACCCACAACAAGCCCCCCUCCCCCGCAGGAGCUGCCCUUAUCCUGAGCAAACCGCCCUCACCCUGCGCUCCAGGUCCCAGUAAUCAGAGUCGUCAUCACUUGGAGUACAGAGCCAUCAUGCAGGAGAUGUCGCCCACUGCUUUUGGUCUGACCGACUGGGAGGACGAUGAGAUCCUGGCCUCGGUUCUGGCCGUCUCCCAGCAGGAGUAUCUGGACAGCAUCAAACACCAGAGCUCCUCCUCCGCCGCCAUGCACCGAGAGAGGGAGCCGUCGCCUGACAGCAGCUGAUCCCGGCGACGCACACACACACAUAACACACACAGUGACAUGCUGACACCCCUCCCCUCCCCCUCACCUCUGCCCACCGACGGAGCUCAAACAGGGAAAAAAUAAAACAUCCAACAGAAUUCACCUUUUUUUUUCAUCGUCACCUUCCUCCUCCCUUCUUCCUGUCUCACUUCCUUCUGCUUCCUGGUUACCUCUCAGCUCGGUCUUAAAGCUGAUCUGGGAUCAGUUGUCAUUAUUUAAACAUUUCAUUGGCAGCUUCCAGCAGUUUGACCCUUCUGUUGUCAUGAUCAGGCUGCUAGCUCUGUGGCUAACAGAGCCAUUGGUUUCAAUGAAGAAUGCUAAUCAGGACUGAAGCUGUGUAGGAAACGUUAGCGCUCGUUAGCCAGCAGGCUGUCACACUAAGAAGUCUUAUUAUGUUUUUUUGCUGCUGUUAGCUUUGCCGUCAACAGCCAAAUCAUUUUCUCCACACUGGCGGCCAUUUUGUGUUGACACAUUAUCAUCUGCCAGAUAAAAGCCUUCGGCCUCUCGGCCCGUAACACCUUCCUCAUCCUCCUCCUCCAUCACCUUCAUCAUCAGACUUAUUUAGCUGCAUGUUUAAUUGACCACGGCCGAUAUCAUAGAGAAAACAUGAUGAAUAAAAAGGAGGGAAAAUAGAGAGUUGUCAUACUUAUCCUCCUAAUGAUUGAUUAUUGUUGUUAUUAUUAAUAAUAUAAGUUUGUUUUAUUUUCUCGUUUGGGAUGAAAAAAGUUUUUUUUCUUGGAAUAAAAAGCGGAAAUUGUUUCU